GUGUUGAGGAUGUGAAUAUUAUGGAUCGUCAAAGUUUGUAUAAAUUAACACUAACUAGACAGCUUAUAUCGAUUGAAUCGACGUUGUCACCAUUUACCUUUGGCUGGUAUGGCUGCAGUGCAAGCAGGUCUGGAACCCGCGCCUAGCGCCUUGCUGCUGGCUGCUGCUGCCGAUAACGUGGAGCUGGUCAGAACCUUGUUGGACGAUGGGGCAGACGUCAACCAGACGGACUCUCAAGGUCGCACCGCCCUGAUGGAGGCGGCUAGAACCGGAAGUACGGAGGUGAUGCAGUUGCUGUUGGCUCGUGGCGCAGAUGUUGACGUGAAAGAUGACCGCAGCGUCUCAGCGUUCACGUAUGCCGCAUCUCGUGGUGACGUCACAAACAUGGAGGUUCUAGUCAGCGGUGGGGCAGACAUCAGACAGGAAUCAAUACAAGGAAAGAACGCGUUAUUCUUUGCGUCAUCAGCGGGACAUUUGGAUGCAGUAAAGUAUCUGCUUCAUGCUGAUCUUGAUGUUAACACUGUUGAUGAUUUCGGGACCACGCCUCUGAUGCAUGCAGCUCAAAAACACAAUGUUGACAUUUUGAAAUUACUCAUCCAGCAUGGCGCUGACGUCAACAUGGUUUCUAAUGACCAGACUACGGCAUUACACUUUGCUGCGGUGUUUGGGAACGUGGACAACAUUGGCGCUCUAAUUGAAGCAGGAGCUGAUUUAAACCUGAAGCAAGAGCGAGGCUCUACAGCUUUUCAUCUGGCUGCUCUUUAUGGACACGAUGAGGUCGUGAGAAAACUAAUUGACAACAACGCGGAGAUUGAUCUGGAUGACUGGAGCUUACAGAAAUAUCUGGUCAGUUGUCUUCAAUGUCGACGUGUCGACAUCUACCUCAAGUUGAUGCCACGCCUGUCACGCUCUGCUGCUUCCAAACAGUGCCUUUUUGUAUUGAGUAUAAUUUUCUUGAACCUAAUAAGAUCACUUGUGAAAUUGUUUGGCUACCAUUAAUGCAAACAAUGAUUUAAACUUAAAAUACAUACACUCAUGUGGACAUUUUGAAAUUUUUUUCUGUCAUAAAUCAAAAUACUAUAUAAUUAAAAUAUAAACAGUUUAAAACAUUUCUUCCCAAGUUGCGGUAGGUAUAAAAUGGUGCCAUAUAUGUUACAUGUACAGCCGAACUGAUACUCACUCUAAUGAUAGUUAACAAAAGAGGAACAUUUAUCGAUCAAAGUUUUACUACAUCUGCUUUCUCCACGGUAACAGUAUCCAUCUGUCUAUACAUUAUAUUGACGGGCGGAAUGAUACACUUACUAGCUCGUACCUUUGCAUGGAUGUGGUCUACACAAACUGUAGGCCGGUGCGGAAUGAUAAGAGUGUAAUACAAACAGCGUUUAAGAUACGACUGUCGAGUUAAUGUUAGGGCUCGACUUCUAGAAAAUUUCAUAGUUAU